CUGUAGACCCCAUUUUACCUUCAGCUAUGGAGUGGAGAACAUCUGCACUCUGCAUACUGCUGCUGGUUCUCACCUGUGGCACCCUGGUUAAUGCAAAGAGGGUCUAUGCUAGUAACCAUGUGAACACUAUCUGUAGCAUGUGGGGUAACUUCCACUUCAAGACAUUUGACGGAGAGACUUAUCAGUUUAAAGGCACGUGUGAAUAUAACCUGGUGUCCGACUGUCAUAGCCUCAUUCGGCAGUUCUCGGUUUACGUGAAGAGAACCCAAGAACCCAAAGAUUCAAAGAUCAGCAGACUGUCGGUUACUAUCAAUGACAUUGCCGUGGUAAUGACAGAGGACCUGGUGACGGUCAAUGAAAUGAAUGUAACACUACCCAUCCAUGUCGCAGGAAUCCUCGUGGAGAAGAAUCCGAUUUACACCAAACUCUAUUCCAAGCUUGGCAUCACUGUCAUGUGGAACAGAGAUGAUUCAGUCUUGGUGGAGCUGGACUCCAAAUAUUCCAGUCACACUUGUGGACUGUGUGGUGAUUUUAAUGGCAUUGCACUCAAUGAUGAAUUUAUCCAUUCAGGACGAAGGCUUGGCUAUGUCGAGUUCGGGAAUAUGCACAGAGUUCAUGACCCGAACCAUUUUUGUGAAGACCCCUUUGAAGAGGUUGAAGGGCAAAAUGCGGUGGACCAAUGUGAAAAACACCAGGAGAUUUGUGGAGACAUUUUGGAAAAUGAAGACUGGUCAUCUUGUAGCUGGGUUCUGAGCCCUUUGCCAUACAUCAAGGCUUGUGCGAAUGAUAUGUGUAACCGUCAGCCUGAUAAAACAAACACCACAUCACUUUGCUCAACCCUGUCUGAAUACUCACGUCAGUGCUUGCACGCCGGAGGAACCCCACCCAACUGGAGAACAUCCAACUUCUGCUCUGUGAAAUGUCCCUACAAUAUGGUUUAUUCUGAAAGUGGUUCUCCCUGCAUGAACACAUGCUCACACAGAGACACAAACACGCUGUGUGAAGAACACAAAGUCGACGGCUGCUUCUGCCCUCCAGGCACUGUAUUUGAUGAUAUCUCAAACACGGGCUGUAUCCCACUGAAACAAUGCCAGUGUAAACAUGACCACGUCUACAAUACAGGAGAGGUCCUUCAGAAAGAGGGGGAAGAAUGUGUGUGUGACGGAGGAAACUGGAUUUGUAAGAGUCUGCCCAGUCCUGGCCUGUGUGCGUUAGAGGAAGGCUCUCACUUCACCACCUAUGACGGGAAAGAAUUCACUUUCCACGGAGACUGCAACUAUUUGCUUUCUAAAGAAUGUGAGAGGUCAAAGUUCAGCAUAUAUGGGCAAAUUGUUCCUUGUAUAAAUCUUGAAACUGACACCUGCUUGAAAUCUAUAGCGGUGCUGCUUGACAACGACAAGAAAAAUCCUCUUAUUAUUAAAGCUGAUGGGACAGUGCAACACAACGCUGAAGUUUUACUUCCAUACACCACAGCUGACUUUACCGUGUUCAGGCCGUCGUCAUUUCACAUCAUGUUUCAGACCGCAUUCGGUCUGCAGGUGCAGGUUCAGCUGGUUCCCAUCAUGCAGGUGUACAUUACUGUUGAUCAAAGCUUUCAAGGGAAGACUUGUGGGCUUUGUGGAAAUUUUAACAAAGUUCUUUCUGACGACCUGAAGACGCUUCAGGGCAUAGUGGAGGGUACAGCCAUUUCGUUCGCAAACACCUGGAAGGUCCAAUCUAACUGCCCUGACCGUAAAGAAAGAAUGGACGACCCCUGUUCCUAUAGCACCAAUAACGAGCACUUUGCUGAGCACUGGUGUUCCAAGAUGAAGGACAAAGAGAGCCUGUUUGCCAAAUGUCACACCUCCGUCAAUCCAGACAGCUACUACAAAAGGUGCAAAUACUCCAGCUGUAAUUGUGAGAAGAGUGAAGAGUGUCUGUGCGCCGUGUUCUCCUCGUACGCCCGGGCCUGUGCAGCUAAAGGGAUAUUUCUCCAAGGCUGGAGACACUUAGUGUGCGAGAAAUACACAAUGAAUUGCCCUGCGUCGCAAAACUACUCCUAUCAGCUGCAGAGCUGUCAGAGCACCUGUCAAUCUCUCAGCUCAGAGCGCCAGGACUGCAGCGUUGACUUUGUGCCUGUAGACGGAUGUGCCUGUCCAGAAGGACUCUACCAAGAUGAGAUGGGAGUCUGUGUACCCAUGGAAAGAUGUCCAUGUUACCACAAUGGCUUGAAAGUCAAACCUGGCAGGUCUAUCAGCAUCAAGGAUGAACAUUGUGUUUGCAUGAAUGGAAAAUUUCACUGUCGCUCUUGGAAACCUCGUGUUCUGGAUUGCUCAUCUCCAAGGGUUUACUUCAACUGCAGUACAGCAGGCCAGAAUGAACAUGGAUUGGAGUGUGCACAGACUUGUUUGCAACAGAAAGUGGAUUGUUUCUCCCUGGAGUGUGAAUCUGGAUGCCAGUGUCCUACAGGUCUCCUGGAUGAUGGAAGAGGAAACUGUGUUACACCACAUAACUGCCCGUGUCCACACAAUGGACAGUUUUAUGCACCAGGGGCUCAGAUAACCAUGGACUGCAAUAAAUGCACUUGUCAACAGGGAACAUGGAAAUGUACAGAACAUAGCUGUCCGGGCAUCUGCACUAUUUAUGGAAGUGGACAUUAUCAAACUUUUGAUCAACAACGAUUCGGCUUUAGAGGGGACUGCAGUUAUAUAGCUGUGCAGGACAAGUGCGGCAAUAAGACCGGCCAUUUUAGUGUGGUGACUGAGAAUAUACCGUGUGGAACAACAGGAACCACGUGUUCAAAAGCUGUUGAUAUCAUUUUGGGGAGGACUAGACUGGAUCUUUCUGGUGACAAAGUAACAGCCACUGACAUUGGAGUUGGUCCACUUAUCAAGUACAAAGAAAGAAAGGUUGGCAUGUAUCUCGUCAUCGAUGCUGAGAACGGUCUGACAGUUUUGUGGGACCGGAUAACCACCGUCCGCAUCAUUCUGCAACCCCAGCAUUCGGGACAAGUUUGCGGGCUCUGUGGAAAUUUCAAUGGAGAUGGAAAAGAUGACUUCACCACUCAAGGAAACCUGCAAACUACAAAUAUAGUAGAGUUUGUGGACAGCUGGAAAGCGUUAAGCAACUGUCCUGAUUCAGAACCGGACAUUGACCCGUGCCUGGCGACUCCCAAUCGACACACCUGGGCCAAAAUACAAUGUAGCAUUAUAAAGGGAGAUCCUUUCAAUGACUGCCAUAGUAAGGUGGAUCCAAACCCAUAUUACGAGAAUUGUGUGAAGGACUCAUGUGCGUGUGACACGGGUGGAGACUGUGAGUGCUUCUGCACAGCCGUAGCCGCUUACGCUCAAGCCUGCAAUGAAGCAGAUGUUUGUGUGGUCUGGAGAACACCUGAGAUCUGCCCUGUGUUCUGUGACUACUACAAUAAUCCAGGUGACUGCACAUGGCAUUACAGUCCAUGUCAUACUCCAUGCUACAAAACCUGUCUCAAUCCUGAGGGCAUCUGCAAUAACACUUUACCCAACCUGGAGGGAUGCUGUUACUACAAUGGAACAGAAUAUGGUGACAAUGAUAUAAUUUACAAUGUAACAGAUGGCAUGGGAAUGUGCUACUAUGCCAUUUGUAUAAAUACCACUGUGAUUGAAACACAGGAACCAUGUAAACCUUCACCAACACCUCCUGAAAGUACUCCAACAACUACAAUUACAGUGUCAACAACAGAAUCAACCACUCCCUCACAACCACCCACUGUGUCCACAUCUUCACCUACACCAACAGAAAUUAAAACAAUUACAACAACAGGAACACCUCCUAGCAGUGCUCCAACAACAAAAUUGACACAAUCAACAACCAUGUUAGGAUCUACAACUUCCCCACAAACGCCCAAACCUCCCACUGUUUCCACAUCUUCACCUACACCAACAGAAAUUACAACAACAACAACGAGAACACCUCCUAGCAGUACUCCAACAACAAAAAUGACACAAUCAACAACCAUGGUAGGAUCUACAACUUCCUCACAAACGCCCAAACCUCCCACUGCUGAAAUUACAAUUACAACUGGAACACCUCCUGGCAGUAUUACAACAACAAAAAUGACACAAUCAACAACCAUAGUAGGAUCUACAACUUCCUCACAAACACCCAAACCUCCCACUGUUUCCACAUCUUCACCUACACCAACAGAAAUUACAACAACAACAACAGGAACACCUCCUAGCAGUACUCCAACAACAAAAAUGACACAAUCAACAACCAUGGUAGGAUCUACAACUUCCUCACAAACGCCCAAACCUCCCACUGCUGAAAUUACAAUUACAACUGGAACAUCUCCUGGCAGUAUUACAACAACAAAAAUGACACAAUCAACAACCAUGGUAGGAUCUACAACUUCCUCACAAACACCCAAACCUCCCACUGUUUCCACAUCUUCAACUACACCAACAGAAAUUACAACAACAACAUCAGGACCACCUCCUAGCAGUACUCCAACAACAAAAAUGACACAAUCAACAACAGUAGUAGAAUCUACCCCAUCAUCAUCAACACCCAACUUGUCCACUGUUUCCACACCUAUAGCAUCUACAACAACAGAAACAUCUAUUUCAUCAACUUCAAGUCCAACAACCUCAUCAGGAACUCCAGAAACAAUGUCACCUUGUGUGGAUAAAUGUGAGUGGUCUGAGUGGUUCAAUGUAUAUAAUCCUGUAACAGGAGGAGGGAAUGACUUUGAGACAUAUGAAAAUAUAAAACAAAGUGGAAAAAAUAUCUGUGAACAUCCAGAAGAUAUUGAAUGUAGAGCUGUGAACCAACCGGACAUUAGCUUUGAAGAAUUUGUUAGUUCAACAAAACAAGUAGUCCAGUGCAAUGUUUUAUAUGGUCUGCAGUGUGAGAAAAAUAAACAGAACACUCGUCCCUAUAAAUGUUUUGACUAUGAAAUACGGGUCCUCUGCUGUUUUCCUUGUUCCACACCAUCACCCACAACAACACCAACCUUUACAUUUAGCACAACACAAACACCCUUGGGCUCAACAUCCAGGCCAUCUACCACAUCCUCACAAACGCCCAAACCUCCCACUGUUUCCACAUCUUCACCUACACCAACAGAAAUUACAACAACAACAACAAGAACACCUCCUAGCAGUACUCCAACAACAAAAUUGACACAAUCAACAACUAUGGUAGGAUCUACAACUUCCUCACAAACGCCCAAACCUCCCACUGUUUCCACAUCUUCACCUUCACCAACAGAAAUUACAACAACAGGAACACCUCCUAGCAGUACUCCAACAACAAAAUUGACACAAUCAACAACCAUGGUAGGAUCUACAACUUCCCCACAAACGCCCAAACCUCCCACUGCUGAAAUUACAAUUACAACUGGAACACCUCCUGGCAGUAUUACAACAACAAAAAUGACACAAUCAACAACCAUGGCAGGAUCUACAACUUCCUCACAAACACCCAAACCUCCCACUGUUUCCACAUCUUCACCUACACCAACAGAAAUUACAACAACAACAACAGGAACACCUCCUAGCAGUACUCCAACAACAAAAAUGACACAAUCAACAACCAUGGUAGGAUCUACAACUUCCUCACAAACGCCCAAACCUCCCACUGCUGAAAUUACAAUUACAACUGGAACAUCUCCUGGCAGUAUUACAACAACAAAAAUGACACAAUCAACAACCAUGGUAGGAUCUACAACUUCCUCACAAACACCCAAACCUCCCACUGUUUCCACAUCUUCACCUACACCAACAGAAAUUACAACAACAACAUCAGGACCACCUCCUAGCAGUACUCCAACAACAAAAAUGACACAAUCAACAACCAUGGUAGGAUCUACAACUUCCCCACAAACGCCCAAACCUCCCACUGCUGAAAUUACAAUUACAACUGGAACACCUCCUGGCAGUACUACAACAACAAAAAUUACACAAUCAACAACCAUGGUAGGAUCUACAACUUCCUCACAAACACCCAAACCUCCCACUGUUUCCACAUCUUCACCUACACCAACAGAAAUUACAACAACAACAACAGGAACACCUCCUAGCAGUACUCCAACAACAAAAAUGACACAAUCAACAACCAUGGCAGGAUCUACAACUUCCUCACAAACACCCAAACCUCCCACUGUUUCCACAUCUUCACCUACACCAACAGAAAUUACAACAACAACAACAGGAACACCUCCUAGCAGUACUCCAACAACAAAAAUGACACAAUCAACAACCAUGGCAGGAUCUACAACUUCCUCACAAACACCCAAACCUCCCACUGUUUCCACAUCUUCACCUACACCAACAGAAAUUACAACAACAACAACAGGAACACCUCCUAGCAGUACUCCAACAACAAAAAUGACACAAUCAACAACCAUGGCAGGAUCUACAACUUCCUCACAAACACCCAAACCUCCCACUGUUUCCACAUCUUCACCUACACCAACAGAAAUUACAACAACAACAACAGGAACACCUCCUAGCAGUACUCCAACAACAAAAAUGACACAAUCAACAACCAUGGUAGGAUCUACAACUUCCUCACAAACGCCCAAACCUCCCACUGCUGAAAUUACAAUUACAACUGGAACAUCUCCUGGCAGUAUUACAACAACAAAAAUGACACAAUCAACAACCAUGGUAGGAUCUACAACUUCCUCACAAACACCCAAACCUCCCACUGUUUCCACAUCUUCACCUACACCAACAGAAAUUACAACAACAACAUCAGGACCACCUCCUAGCAGUACUCCAACAACAAAAAUGACACAAUCAACAACCAUGGUAGGAUCUACAACUUCCCCACAAACGCCCAAACCUCCCACUGCUGAAAUUACAGUUACAACUGGAACACCUCAUGGCAGUACUACAACAACAAAAAUUACACAAUCAACAACCAUGGUAGGAUCUACAACUUCCUCACAAACACCCAAACCUCCCACUGUUUCCACAUCUUCAACUACACCAACAGAAAUUACAACAACAACAACAGGAACACCUCCUAGCAGUACUCCAACAACAAAAAUAACACAAUCAACAACCAUGGUAGGAUCUACAACUUCCUCACAAAAGCCCAAACCUCCCACUUUUUCCACAUCUUCACCUACACCAACAGAAAUUACAACAACAGUAACACCUACUGGGAGUACUCCAACAACUAAACUGACAAAAUCAACAACAGCAGUAGAAUCUACCCCAUCAUCAUCAACACCCAACUUGUCCACUGUUUCCACACCUAUAGCAUCUACAACAACAGAAACAUCUAUUUCAUCAACUUCAAGUCCAACAACCUCAUCAGGAACUCCAGAAACAAUGUCACCUUGUGUGGAUAAAUGUGAGUGGUCUGAGUGGUUCAAUGUAUAUAAUCCUGUAACAGGAGGAGGGAAUGACUUUGAGACAUAUGAAAAUAUAAAACAAAGUGGAAAAAAUAUCUGUGAACAUCCAGAAGAUAUUGAAUGUAGAGCUGUGAACCAACCGGACAUUAGCUUUGAAGAAUUUGUUAGUUCAACAAAACAAGUAGUCCAGUGCAAUGUUUUAACUGGUCUGCAGUGUGAGAAAAAUAAACAGAACAACCGUCCCUAUAAAUGUUUUGACUAUGAAAUACGGGUCCUCUGCUGUUUUCCUUGUUCCACACCAUCACCCACAACAACACCAACCUUUACAUUUAGCACAACACAAACACCCUUGGGCUCAACAUCCAGGCCAUCUACCACAUCCUCACAAACGCCCAAACCUCCCACUGUUUCCACAUCUUCACCUACACCAACAGAAAUUACAACAACAACAACAACAAGAACACCUCCUAGCAGUACUCCAACAACAAAAUUGACACAAUCAACAACUAUGGUAGGAUCUACAACUUCCUCACAAACGCCCAAACCUCCCACUGUUUCCACAUCUUCACCUACACCAACAGAAAUUACAACAACAGGAACACCUCCUAGCAGUACUCCAACAACAAAAUUGACACAAUCAACAACCAUGGUAGGAUCUACAACUUCCCCACAAACGCCCAAACCUCCCACUGCUGAAAUUACAAUUACAACUGGAACACCUCCUGGCAGUAUUACAACAACAAAAAUGACACAAUCAACAACCAUGGCAGGAUCUACAACUUCCUCACAAACACCCAAACCUCCCACUGUUUCCACAUCUUCACCUACACCAACAGAAAUUACAACAACAACAACAGGAACACCUCCUAGCAGUACUCCAACAACAAAAAUGACACAAUCAACAACCAUGGUAGGAUCUACAACUUCCUCACAAACGCCCAAACCUCCCACUGCUGAAAUUACAAUUACAACAGGAACACCUCCUAGCAGUACUCCAACAACAAAAAUUACACAAUCAACAACCAUGGUAGGAUCUACAAUUUCCUCACAAACGCCCAAACCUAACACUAUUUCCACAUCUUCACCUACACCAACAAAAAUAACAACAACAACAGGAACAACUUCUGGUAGUACUCAGCCAACAAACAUUAUUGAAUCAACAACCGAAACAGUAACUACAUUAUUAGUAUCAACUAAGAGCAGCUCAACUCCUGAGCUACAAGUAACUACUGGUCCUACAAAAACAACACUACCCGUCUCAACCGAAAAACAAAUAAAUGGAUCAACUGAAUCUACAACAACCAUAGAACCACCCACAUCCUUACAAACGGCCAAAUCAACCACUGUUUCAACAUCUUUACCUACACCAUCAAAAGUUACAAUAACAACAGGAAAAACUCCUGGAAGUACUCCAACAACAGAACUAACACAAUCAACAACAGGGGUUGGAUCUACCACAUCCUCACAAACACCAAAACCACCCACGGUUUCUACAUCUUCACCUACACCAACAGAAAAGACUACAACAACAGGAACACCUCCUGGACCUACUCCAACAACUAAAGUAACACAAUCAACAACAGUGGUGGUAUCUACAACUUCCUCACAAACAUCCAAACCACCCAUUGUUUCUACAUCUUCACCUACACCAUCAAAAGGUACAAUAACAACAGGAACACCUCCUGAAAGUACUCCAACACCAAAGCUAACACAAUCAACAACAGGGGUUGGAUCUACCACAUCCUCACAAACACCAAAACCACCCACUGUUUCUACAUCUUCACCUACACCAACAGAAAAGACUACAACAACAGGAACACCUCCUGGACCUACUCCAACAACUAAAGUAACAGAAUCAACAACAGUGGUAGUAUCUACAACUUCCUCACAAACACCCAAACCACCCGUUGUUUCUACAUCUUCACCUACACCAACAACUUCUACAACAGGAACACCUCCUGGAGGUACUCCAACAACUAAAGUAACACAAUCAACAACAGGGGUUGGAUCUACCACAUCCUCACAAACACCAAAACCACCCACUGUUUCUACAUCUUCACCUACACCAACAGAAAAGACUACAACAACAGGAACACCUCCUGGACCUACUCCAACAACUAAAGUAACAGAAUCCACAACAGUGGUGGUAUCUACAACUUCCUCACAAACACCCAAACCACCCACUGUUUCUACAUCUUCACCUACACCAACAGAAAAGACUACAACAACAGGAACACCUCCUGGACCUACUCCAACAACUAAAGUAACACAAUCAACAACAGUGGUAGUAUCUACAACUUCCUCACAAACACCCAAACCACCCAUUGUUUCUACAUCUUCACCUACACCAUCAAAAGGUACAAUAACAACAGGAACACCUCCUGAAAGUACUCCAACACCAAAGCUAACACAAUCAACAACAGGGGUUGGAUCUACCACAUCCUCACAAACACCAAAACCACCCACUGUUUCUACAUCUUCACCUACACCAACAGAAAAGACUACAACAACAGGAACACCUCCUGGACCUACUCCAACAACUAAAGUAACACAAUCAACAACAGUGGUAGUAUCUACAACUUCCUCACAAACACCCAAACCACCCAUUGUUUCUACAUCUUCACCUACACCAACAGAAAAGACUACAACAACAGGAACCCCUCUUGGAAGUACUUCAACAACUAAAGUAACACAAUCAACAACAGUGGUGGUAUCUACAACUUCCUCACAAACACCCAAACCACCCACUGUUUCUACAUCUUCACCUACACCAACAACUUCUACAACAGGAAUACCUACUGGAAGUACUCCAUCAACUAAAGAAACACAAUCAACAACAGUGGUAGUAUCUACAACUUCCUCACAAACACCCAAACCAACCACUGUUUCUACAUCUUCACCUACACCAGCAAAAGUUACAAUAACAACAGAAACACCUCCUGAAAUUACUCCAACAACAAAACUAACACAAUCAACAACAGGGGUUGGAUCUACCACAUCUUCACAAACACCAAAACCACCCACUGUUUCUACAUCUUCACCUACACCAACAGAAAAGACUACAACAACAGGAACACCUCCUGGAACUACUCCAACAACUAAAGUAACACAAUCAACAACAGUGGAAGUAUCUACAACUUCCUCACAAACACCCAAACCACCCAUUGUUUCUACAUCUUCACCUACACCAUCAAAAGUUACAACAACAACAGAAACACCUCCUGAAAGUACUCCAACAACAAAACUAACACAAUCAACAACAGGGGUUGGAUCAACCACAUCUUCACAAACACCAAAACCACCCCCUGUUUCUACAUCUUCACCUACAUCAACAGAAAAGACUACAACAACAGGAACACCUCCUGGACCUACUCCAACAACUAAAGUAACAGAAUCAACAACAGUGGUGGUAUCUACAACUUCCUCACAAACACCCAAACCACCCAUCGUUUCUACAUCUUCACCUACACCAACAAGAAUUACUACUACAACAACAACAACAACAACAACAACAGGAACACCUACUGUUUCAUCUACACGUCCUGGAAGCACUCCACCGACCUCAUCCACAAAGCCCUUAACAACAACUAUAAAGACAACCCUAUCUACCCGUCCUAGCACUACACCCUGUAUUUGUGAAUUUAAUGGAAUGCAGUAUGAGCCUGGAGAUACAAUCCUCGACAAUGUGCACCUUGGCUCUGGGAUCUGCCUUACCAUGGUCUGCUCUGACAUCUGUGUGAUUCAGAAUAAAACAAACCCAUGUCCAACUUCACCAACACCAACUCCCACUCCAUACUACGACUGCCCUGAAUGGGACAAAAAUACCAAUGAGACCUUCAUCCUGUGUAACUGCACUAUGGCUAGAUGCAUAGAGGACAAUAUUAUUGAGAUUAUCCCAUACGAAUGUCCCCCACUCCAAAACAUCACAUGUGCUAAUGGAAAGAACCCAGUGCUGGUAUAUGAUGAGCAUUACUGCUGCCAGCAUUACGCAUGUGACUGCUUUUGUGAAGGCUGGGGCGAUCCUCAUUACAUCACAUUUGAUGGAACGUUUUACAGUUAUCAAGGAAACUGCACUUAUACAUUAAUGGAAGAAAUUCGGCCUCACUAUCAUUUGAAGAUCUACAUUGAUAAUGUCUUUUGUGACCCCAUUGAGCGUGUUUCCUGUCCAAGGUCAAUUAUUGUAUCGUAUAACAACCAAGUCAUUACACUUACAAAUCACAAUUUAUUUGGAGGUGCAGAUCUAGAGGCUUCAAUGGACAAUAAAAAGCUAAGACUGCCUUUUAGUCGUAAUGGAGUGAGGGUGGUGAGCUCAAGCUUGGAUUUAUUCCUGGAGAUUCCGCAGCUGGAUGUCAUUGUAACAUUUGGAGCCACCGGCUUUAGCAUCAACCUGCCAUUCAAGCAUUUUGGAAACAACACACAAGGGCACUGUGGAACAUGCAACAAUAACGUGGCCGAUGACUGUAUGCUUCCCGGAGGAAUCUUGGUGCCUGACUGUGCAGUGAUGGCGGAUUACUGGCCAGCUAACAUCAAAAAUGGUGAAAUAUGCACUAAACCGACUGUGUUACCUACAGUGGCAACAAGCCCCAAACCCACACCCAGCAAUUGCCAGGCUCUUCCGGAAUGCAACCUCCUGAAUAGCAAGUUGUUCGAACAGUGCCAUGCCUAUGUGUCUCCAGAUAACUUCUUUACAGGCUGUCAAUAUGACAGCUGUCAUAUGAGCAACCAUGCCGUGGUGUGUACGAGUCUGCAGAGCUAUGCAAGGGCUUGUUCUCAGUUUGGCCUCUGCAUAAACUGGAGAAACUACACAAGCCUCUGCAACAUUGAAUGCCCAAUAGGUAAAAUCUUCAAGCCAUGUGGCCCAGCUGAACCCCAAACCUGUGAAGACCAACCUGAACAGAGCAGUAUUGAAAUGAGCACUGAGGGAUGCUUUUGCCCAGAUGGAAUGAUGCUCUUCAACAAAGAAUCAGGAGUCUGUGUGGAAAAAUGCGGAUGCCUGGAUGCAUCAGGUACACCACGUGAGUUUGGUGAGGUCUUCGAGUACAACUGCGGGGACUGUGUCUGUGAAAGGGACACCAAAUCUGUCAACUGUAAGCCCAAACAGUGUCAAGAUUCUGUCCCUGAGAGCUGCACACAACCUGGCUUAGUGUUGGUGAAUGUCACUGAUCCCUCUGACCCAUGCUGCACCAAACAAGUUUGCGAUUGUGAUAUAACUACAUGCCCACCUUUGAAAAAGAUGUGUGAGAUUGGAUAUUCUUCAGAAUUGGAGGUGCCUGAGGGAAAAUGCUGUCCAGAAAUAAUAUGCGUGCCCAAAAAAGUCUGUGUCUUUGACAAUAAAGAAUAUGAGCCUGGUAGCCACAUCCCCGUUGUUAACUGUCAAGAAUGUAAAUGUACUCGGGAAGUGGAUCCUAAAACACAGUGGUUCAAAGUCAGCUGCAAAAUGGUGACAUGCAACAAAUUCUGUGAUGAUGGUUAUGAAUAUCAAGAGCCUGUAAGCUAUAAGGACUGCUGUGGGAAGUGCGUGCAAACUCACUGUAUCGUCAAUGUCAAUGGCACGCAACAUAUACUGAAGGAGGGAGAUGUUUUGCCCACUACUGACCAAGAUUGUGACAGAAUCACGUGCACUAAAGUUAAUGGACAUUUCGUCACUGAUAACUACAGAGUCCAGUGCCCUGCUUUCAACAUCUCCAACUGCCAGCCUGGUACAGUAAAGCUCAUGGCUGAUGGCUGCUGCUACUUCUGUGAGGACAAGAUUAAGAGCUGUCAAGUGCAGAUUGUUCACGAUUAUAUUGUUUCCGACGGCUGCCAAUCAGAGAAUAAAAUGGACCUGACAUUCUGUGAGGGAGAAUGUGGCAGUUAUACCAGGUACACUGAACCCAAGCUCUCCACCUGUAGCUGUUGCCAGGCAACCAACACAAGUAAUAGAACAGUGUCUCUCGGUUGUCCAAGUGGAGCCAAAAUACAUCACACGUACAUUCAUGUCAAUAAGUGCACCUGUAGUAAAACAGCCUGUCAUGAAACUGGAUUUAACCAGCACAAGCUUGAAAACUCCCGUAAGAAACGCGGCUUUCAACUUACAUGAGCUCUUAAUGACUCCAGAUGUCAAUGAGCCGUCAAAUAACUGUGUGAAGCUUGUAAUCUGAAUUUAAUUUAAUUGCAUUGCUAUGUUUAACUAUUUCAAAAGCUUAAUUUCUUUCUCAAUUGAUCUUUGGAUAAA